CGUGUGAUGUUCAUUUGGGAUUAGAUAGAUGUGCAGGUAUGUGUUUCAUCACUGAACAGACAGAUAUAAGAGCUCUGCUGACAGAGACACUGGUGACUGGCGACACAUUUGAGGGAUUUCUUUUGCAGAGCAAAUAUAUAAGACGAAUUAGGGUUCCAGUCAACACUCUACACUUCUGGUGAUGUGGCUGACCAGGGAAGAAAAGGUCAUUUUAAACAGAGAGUAGAGGCACUCAGCAGGAUUCAUCAUGUCAGUCAAGCUUCCCAAGAGACUGAGCAGCAGGAAGAAAAAACCUCCAAAGGACAAUGUCCAGACUGAUGUUCUCCAUAAGCUUGGCCUGGAGGCCUGCAGGACUACACCACUGGACCCAGCAUCUAUGUUAGACAUCAGUACUUGGACUCUGGAAAACCACACUCCUCUAGAGCCAAAGGAUCUACCAAAUACUUUCCUCCGACGCCUUUGGCUGCUUAGCCGAGAUGCCCGGAGUCCUUGUUGUCAGCAUCUAAAUGAUGCUCUAAACAAUAACAAAUCACCUGAGGAGAUGCUUGGUGGCUCUGGAGGAGAAAACCAGGGUGUCAUCAACCCCCUUGAUCUAGUAGCAGCUGUCUUUAUGUCUGCCAACACUUUCCUUCAGCAGGAGAUAAUUACACGAAUGGCACAAUGCCAGUUUGCUGUCCCUCUGGUCCUUCCAAACAUAGAUCCAGAAAAACCCAGUCACUUCCUACUUUGGCCUUUACGAGCAGUCAUGAGCCAAUGGAAGUCUCACACUCAGGAUAACAACAGCAGAGUCCAAGAAGGAGAUUUGGCAACAACAUGCAUGCCAGUAGUUUCUUGCAUGAAACUUGGUAAUUGCAGUGUCUCCAAGUCACAGGUGCUAAACCAUGUCCUAAGUGGACUCAGAUCUGACAGUGAAACAUUUCUCCACAGGAGGAUGGAUGGAGGGCAGCUGCCUCGAAGACUGUCCAAUGGCCUGGUAGAGGUUGGAUGGUCCCUACCCACCGGUGAUAUUGUCAGGGAUAUUUUUCCUGUCCCUGUAGCCAUCGUCAAUCUACGUGGCGAUGCCAGUACACAUGAAAAAUGCCUCAGCCUUUUAUGUCAAGCAUCUUCAGCUGUAGUAAUUUUCUGUGGGGAUCUUAGAGAGAAAGACAAACAACUUCUUGCUUUCUGCAAAGAUACAGCAAGCAAACUGAUACUGGUUGAUCUUGCAGACACUAAGAGAAAUGAGAAUAGAGUUGUGGCGUUUGUUGGUGAGAACCUUGAAGAUGACAUGGAGCUUUCCAAAGGGCUUGCACUUACAGGAAGAGGUUUGAGUGAGGAGGAACUGGCUAAUAAGCUUUGUGACACGCUGAAAAAUAUGCUACCAGAUGAACUGACACUUGUUACACUAGAGGCAGCAGCAAAAUUAGCAGUGGAGAUUGGCCUAAAUGUGGAUGAAGGCUCAGUCUGUAAAAAGGCAAUGGCCAAAGUGGAGGAAAUGUUGAAAGGUUUAGAUGAGGGAUCUGCUGAAUUUAGGCUGAAACAGCUUCCUUUGCAGGGACAUUUGUGGACCAAACUGGCAGAACUGGAGAAAGAGGAGAGUAAACAGAGAAAAGAAGGUAAAGAUACUGACCCCAAAAUAAAAAAGGCCAAGAAAGAUAUUUCGGCUGAAUUGAGCAGCUACAAAAUGACCCCAGCUAUGAAGAUUUUCACUGAUGCUCUUUUCACCACAGACAAAGUAGAGAGGACUUAUUUUCUCAGUUGGAUCAAACUGAGGCUUCAGCUGAUGCAAACUGAAAAACAAAACAGUUCACAAGAUCUGCUCACAGAUCUGCCGACAGAAAAGACAAAUGGCAUGCCUGAACAUUCGGAUGACCUCAGAGACAGCGAUAGUUUCUGCACAGAUUCAUCAUUUGAAGAGGAAACUGAAAUGCAGAAUGAAGAUGCUGGAUUGCAAGUUUCCCAGCAACAGUGUGAAAUAGAGGAAGAGUUGCAGAAUGUUUUGCAGUCCACAGAAAAGACCAUAGAACCACCUUCACAUCAGGAAGACCAUCUUGAGUCCAUACAAGACCCAGUGCAGGUGUUAAAUGUGGCAUCAGAUGAAACAGAGAUUCAAGGUGAAGAAAUUACUGAAAGCAAAGACUGUCUGGAAGAACAAAUUUCCCAUCUAAAUUCUGAGGACCAAAGUUUUCAUUUAGAGGCUGGAGAAAAUGGCACUUUGAGCUGCCAAGACAAUCAGCCACAUGAACUAGAGCUGACAGUUUCUGAGUCAGUUUCGUCUUCUUCUGCCAAACAACAAACAUCCCUCAAUAUUUCCUUUGAAAAUCAAGUAGCCUCAUGUUCACAAUCUUUUGAACCCAGUCCAUUCUCACUGGGGCUUGAGCACUUCCUGCGUGAGAUGGGUCUCAUUUUUGAGUUAACCCACAUCAGUCCCGGCAGCGGGAGCCACAAUGUGUUGCGUCUCCCCAGCUUAGCAGCAGAUCUUCUUCUCUACGGUAUUCCACUUGAACUAAUGGAUGGAGAUGCCUCAAAUAUCCCCAUCCACUGGCUGAGCUCUGUCUUUGCAGAGCUCAAACAUCGCCUACCUCAGGAACAGUGUAGGACCAGAGCGCUGACAAACCUUGGCAUUCAUCAUGCCAGGAAUGCUGAAGUUCUUUCUGCAUUGUUUGGGGUGAAAUUCCCAGAAGGGCGGAAAAGAUCCACUCGUGGGGUGUAUAUGGCCGCCCUGUGUCUCCCUGACAAUCUUAGAAAAGACAUGGAGUGUGAUUUUCUGUUGCUGAUUGAUGUAGAAGGACUCUGCUCGGUCCCACUAGACAACAAAAGAAAUGCACUGACCCACGACAAUGAGAUGGCCACUGUUGCAGCAGGACUGAGUGAUGUUUUAAUGCAGAACAUUUCAUCACAUGCCAGUUGUGAGUUUGAAACACCCUUCACCAUCAUAGUUAAUGCUCUCCUGCGCAUCAAAGAAUCUGGCUCCAUGCCCAUUUGCCAACUUCUGCUCCAGGAUGAAAGAAUUAACAGCCUAUUACAAGCCUCACAGUUGCGCCAUGUUUCUGAAAUGCUUCAGAUUGAGACUGGGGACAGCGAGACUAGCAGUGUUGAGAAAUACUCUACAAACAUGGCAACAUGCUCCACCUGUGUCAGAGGGCCUUGGUCCAAUAUGUCUCUCUCUGAACCAGUGGAUACACAGUACAGUACGGCUAUGUUAAAGCUCAAGAAAAACCUCUUUGAGGCAUUGAAGGAUUGCACAACUAAGUCUAAAGCCUCAAGCCUGCCUGAAUUUACCAGACGUUUAUGUGCUGUUUGGGAUUCAGUGAAAGCAGAAUCCUUCACUAUUGGUUUGCAAAAUACAGAGAUAGCUUUAGCAUUUUCUUUAUUAUGCACAGAGUUUUCCAUGUGGGUGGAUGGUUUUCUGGAAAACAUUGAGAGCUGGCUAAUGGGGGCAGCAAAGAAAAUCUUUGACACAAAGGCAAAAGCAUUGGACACUGCAGUCCGAAAUGAACUUCUGAGUGAACUGAAGAAUGAAGCCAGAGAGGAAGUUAAAACAGAGAUGAACAAAGUCAGGUCAAGAGUUGACGCCUACUUGAUGCAAGAUGACCUCAAAAUGAGCUCUGAAACAUUCAGGCCAGUCCUAAUGAGCAAUAUAGCUAACCUCCAGGAUCGAGUAACUGAAGAAAUCAUACUAAAGUUGGAGACAGUCAAUGAGAGUCACUGUUCUUCUACACAGCUAAAAAUUUUUGAGACCUUACUGGGAAAAGAACAAGAGUCCAAGCUACAAGCUCUGGUAGAGAAAAGCAGGUCUACAAAAGUUCUCCUACAAGAUACAGAGAUAGAAGAAGAGUUUGAGGGUGUGUGGAGUAAGACUUUAUCCAACUUUGACUUCAGGCCUUCAGAAAAAGACAAUAUUACUGCAAGAGUGGCAGAAAUUCUGAAACAGAAUCUAAUCAGCCGUGGCCUCCAGAAACACAUGAAAAAGCUUGAAAUCACAGGCCAAAGUCAGACCGACAGCUUCCAGGUUUAUGAUGAGCAUUUUGGAUACCGCAGCAGAUUAAGACACAUGUUUGAAGACAACAACCGGCUCCAGAGGUUAGGAGCUCAAGAGGUAGCAUGCAAAAUCAUAGAGGAAUACAAUCAGUUUGUGGCAGAUAAAUGUAGCUUAACAGCAGACUUCUCUGACAGCUACAUUACAGAAAUAUUAGAAAAUGUUGAAAAAGCUUUGAAGGAAAAAUCCAUGGAUAUCAGAUCAGCUUUUGAAGUGGAUCUAAAAGUUCAUCUGUGUAACGCUGCAUGCCAGGACUUUCAGAAACUGCAUGACCGCUAUGCAAAGGACAGAGAACUUUUGACAGUAAUCACAGCAAACAAAGGAAUGUACGUGGCAGAAUUUAUCUACCGCUUCAGGAAGAGAGACGAGUGCCAGAGGGUGGCCAAUGCUUUUAGCUCCAUGGUCAUCAAACCCACAGUGAUGGGCUACAUCAAUAGACCACUGGGGAUGCAGAUUGCAGAAGAGAUUCGAGCUAAAGCACAGCAGUUUAAGUCCCCACAAGCUUUCCAUCAAAGCUUGCUGGAAGAACUGAUUAAAAGAGACUGCUUUGAAAGCUUCCUUGAAUACUUGCUUUCCUGUGACAACUUCAGACGACAGAAGAUCCAGGAGACAGUGGUUGCUCAUCUCUCCAAAUCAACCAACUUAAAUAAACAGAGGCAACAGAGACUUGGAGAUAUUGUAGGAAAGAUUGCAACUGCAAUAAGCCAAACAGCAGAAGGUACCAAUGGAGUACUGAGUGAUACAAAGCCACUGCUGGAGAGAGCGUGUCUCAUUUUGGAGAAAGAUGGGGAUGUGGAUGUCAACAGGGAUUCUCUGAUUGGACCUGUGUUCAGUAUCACCACAGAAUGGGAUUGUUUUGUUAAAUGUUUAAUGGAGUUACUGGCUACAAUGCGAUUGGAUCUGGCCCAAGAGUUCUCCCAAAAUGUGGACGUGCCCCAGCUUCUGCACAGCCUUCCAGUUCAACCCCAAGACUCCCUCUUCAACAGAGUGAGAGGCUGUGACAAGCAGUGUCCUCACUGCAGAGCUCCCUGUGAGGAGGAGGGGGUGGGACAUGACGUUCACAAAGCUUUGUUCCAUCGGCCCAAAGGCAUGCUGCCUUAUGACUCCUGUUCUAUGUCCUGUACCGGUUUCCUUGAAAACAUGGGCAAGAGCAAACUAGACCAGAACCAGGACACACAAGGUACAUCCAAAGACCUCCAAUCUCUGGGCCCAAACUGGACCAUCUCACCUGAUGACUCAAACAGCCAGAAAGCCAGUAACUACUGGAGGUACGUGUUGGUGAGGUUCAAUGAAAAGUUUGCAGAAGAAUUCAAACAGGAACCAGCACAGAUUCCUGAUGAGUGGAAGACAAUCACUCAGCAGGAGGCCUUAGACAGUCUGAAGGAAAUGUUCCUGAACAGACAGGGUUGCUGAAAUGAUGCAUGCAAGUCAACUCAAAAUUCACAUUUUUCAUAUUUGAAAAAGUACAAUGCAAUUGUCCAGCAGCAGACUCUACACAGAAAUGUCAGCCAUGUUAAUAAUAUAUAUCUGACGCGGUUCAUCAAACACCUCAAGCUUGACACCUCUGACUUAAAUUGGAUGCUGCAUAAGGACUGUUCAGUGCUACGUGCUGUCUUUAUUGUUCUCUAUGUAACAUUUUCUAAUCAGGGUCAUAAUGGGGGAAAAAACAUUCAUGGUGCUGAUUAUGUGAACAGAUCAUUUUUCUGUUAUUUUCUUUUAUUUAUUAUUAUUUCCCUAAUAAUAAAGUAUGUUUUGUGUAAAUCACUGUUUUGUACUUUAAAUAUUAGAUGUGUUAGCUCCUUAUUAUCCCACUUUUUUCUACUAUUUCUCACUAUGAAACAAUAAGGAAAAUGUAUUAUCAUGGAUUUAAAACCAACCAAUGUCAAGAUCAUAGCAUAAUAAAAAUAGUUCAACUUUUCAACAUUUGUAUGUUAAAAAAUAAUUUAAGUUUAUGUACAUUUAUAGAAUAGCAGAAAUAUUAUCUGCUCCAGAAUAACAUCUUAUAUUUAUAAAGUGAUUUUUAAUAUACAACAAUAGUAAGUUUUUUUAAAUUCUAUAUUCAGAUACAUAGGUUAGGAUGCCACACUUUAACCUGAAGAUGUUAUCAAAUUUAAGUGAAACUAAUUCUAAACAUGUAAGUGGAAAUAUUAAAAUGUCAAAUAAAAAAGGGGGAGAAAAAGUCUA